UCCACUCUUCAGAUUUCUUCUGACUACUCUCUCUCUCUCUCUCUCUCUCUCUCUCUCUCUCAGUCUCCUCCUCCAUUCACCUCAUCAUCUUCCUCCUUUUCACUCUCCCUCUUCUAUCUGCCGCGGCGCCGCCGCCGGUCACAGUUGCUAUUUUGAUCCCUGCGUAUUCAUCGAGCUCAUCAUCAGACUGAGAAAAGAGGGGAAUUUGAUUGAUUAUUAUAUGGCCCUAAAGGCUCUGCAAGUUCCAUCUAGCUUUGCAAGGCCGAUCAACCGCAGCUCCAUCGGCUGUUGCUCGUCGCGGCGUUCCCUGCGGCCAAAGAUUGCAUCUGGAGGGCUCGCCGCAAGAAUCGCCGGAGAGAGCAGCAGCAGCUCGCCGGCGGUGGAAUGCCGGGCGGGGUCCAACCUGCACGGGUGCGUGGACGAGGGCGCCGUGGGGUCGAGGCAGGAGCAGGCGGCGGAGAUCCCCAUCGUGCUGUUCCCGGCGGUCGUCUUCCCCGGCGCGACGGUGCAGCUGCAGGCGUUCGAGUUCAGGUACCGCAUCAUGGUGCACACGCUGCUGGAGGAGGGGCUCACCAGGUUCGGCGUCGUCUACUCCGGCGGCGGAGGGGACGGGGUGGCGGCCGGCGAGGUUGGGUGCGUCGCCCACGUGGUGGAGUGCGAGCGGCUCGUGGACGGCCGGUUCUUCCUCACCUGCGUCGGCGGCGACCGGUUCCGCGUCGUGGGGGCCGUCAGGACGAAGCCGUACGUUGUCGCGAGGAUCCAACCCCUGACCGACGCGCUCAGCGGCGGCGGCGGCGACAUGCUCCGCCGCCUCGCGGAGGGAGUGGAGGAGCACCUCAGGAACGUGGCGAUGCUGUCGGACAAGCUCGGCUGGAGCCGGCCGCUACGCACGACGUCGCGCUCGUCGUCCUCGCCCUCCUCCCCGGCGUCGCUGUCGUUCGCGGUGGCGAGGGAGCUGGUGGAGGACCGGCAGGAGCAGCAGGCGCUGCUCCGGCUGGACGACGCGGCGGCGCGGCUGGCGCGGGAGGGGAGGUACCUGGAGCGGCGGAGCAGGUACCUCGCCGCCGUUGCGGCGAUCAAGGACGCCCUCGCCCACCUCUACUGCAACGACAAGUAGAAGACGCACGCGCGAGUCAUCUUUAAUUAAAUGAGUAAUUAAUCAAGUAUUUUAGCAGAGUAAUAAACGGCCACUGGUGAGGACUCCCAUGGCCAUCCACAUAGGUUUCUUGGGUUUUGGCUUCAGAAAUUCAGAGUUCCACUGUAAAUAGUAGUAUUUUGUAGAUUCAUGGUCAUCGAUGCUGUUUUGCUUCUCUUUUGGGUGUGAAACUUUGCAUUUGAGUAGAUAGAUGUAUGUAUAUAUAUCUGGAGUUUGCCAAUGUACAGAAGGAUAUGGAUGUAGCAUCUUGCAAGAUAUCCCAGAGGCUAAAUAAUAGUCUACAAUUCUGUGACAACAAAAAAUUCAGAAUGACAACGGCUAAU